AUGGCGCGGAUCAAGCCGCGAGGCUUGUUUUCGUUCGCCUUUCACGUCUCCCUGUUGUUUCUGUCCUCCCCCCUCUCCUGUCUUGCCGUGCUGAUAGCAGCCUGUUGCUCGGAAAACCAGCAGCCCCCGGCCCCCCUCCCGCCGCCGCCUAUCAACCGCAUCGGCCCCGUCGUCGACCUCAACUACUCGGCCUACGAGGGCCUGCGCCUGCCCAAUGGCGUCAACGCCUUCCUGGGCUUGCGCUAUGCCGCCCCGCCCCUCGGCCAACUCAGAUGGCGAGCGCCGGCCGAGCCCCCGAGGACGCAGCAGCUGCAGCAGGCUAAGCAGUUCCAACCCGUCUGUCUCGGCAUCGGCACGGCCUACCCCGACCCCGGCCACGACGAGGACUGCCUGUUUGCCAAUGUCUGGGCGCCGACCGACGCCGGCCGGCACUCCAAGCUUCCAGUCUGGGUCUUUAUCCCCGGCGGUGGCUACGUCUCGCUCACUAAUGCCAACUGGAAUGGCGCCGAGGUGGUCGAGAAGUCGGGCCACAGCAUCGUCUUUGUCAACUUCAACUACCGCGUCGGCCUGUGGGGGUUCCUGGCCAGCGAGCGCGUGCGGGCCGACGGCGACCUCAACACCGGCCUGCUCGACCAGCGCAUGCUGAUGACGUGGGUCAAGACCCAUAUCGCCUCGUUUGGCGGUGACCCCGACCACGUCGUGAUCCACGGCGCCUCGGCAGGAGCUGGCUCGGUGGCGCUGCACAUGGUGGCCUACGGCGGGCGCAAUGACGGGCUGUUCGUCGGCGCCAUGGCCGAGUCGCUCUUCUUCCCCGCGCAGCCGUUCGUAGCAGAACUAGAAUACCAGUUCGACCGCGUGGCCGACCAGACAGGCUGCAGCACCACCACAGAGCAAAUAUCCUGCCUCCGUGGCCAAGACGCAGCCGUGCUACAAGCCGCGAACCACGCACAGCCGUUCCCAGGGCGCUCCGAGCCGCCAUCACCGCUAUUCUACUUCACGCCGUGCAUCGACGGCUCGUUCCUCUACGACCUGCCGUACCGACUCUUCCGUGCGGGCCGCUUCGUGCGCGGCAUACCAUUCCUCUCAGGCACGACGACAGACGAGGGCACCGUGUUCGCCACCGACGCCAGCAGCCCGGCGGACGUGGCGCGCUUCCUCGCCAACAACUACCCGCGGCUCACACCCAACGACACGGCGGCCGUGCUCGCGCGCUACCCGCCGCAGCAGCUACCCGCCCUGCCGCGGCACCGCCCGUGGUUCCCGACGGCCAGCCGCGCGUACGGCGAGGCGACGUUCGUCUGCCCCAGCGUCAACGUGCUGGACACGCUCCUCCACCAUACUAUAACCACAACUCCGGGACUGCUGUUCUCGUACCGCUACGACGUGCUCGACGACGAGAACGUGGCCGCUGGGCUCGGCGUGCCGCACAUCUUCGAGGCGGCGGCCGUGUUCGGUCCGGACAACAUCGGCCCCCCCGGCGCCGCGCGCGCCAGCUACCGCACGUACAACGCCGCGGUCGUGCCGCUGCUGAUGGCGUACUGGCUCAGUUUCGUGCGCGCGCUCGACCCGUCGCCGCACCGCCUGCCGGGGAGUCCCGCGUGGGGGCCCUGGACUACCUCUGGUGGUGAUGGUGAAACGCGGAGCAGGCUGCUGCUCGAGACUGGCGGGCGGGCGAGCAUGGAGGUUGUUCCUACGGACGAGCUGGACCGGUGUGCGUUUUGGCUCAGGCUCGGGGAUACGCUGGAGCAGAAGAAGAAGAGGUGA